AAAGCGCUUUUGUGAAUUUUGCGAUGCAAUAUCGCUAUCUGCACUCCAAUAUGAGUGUGCUUUGGCUUAGAUGUCUCGUCGUUUUACUCUCCAUCAAACUUGCCAACCUGCAGGAGCCAUUUGACACAAGAUGGGUGUCAAGUGAAUGUGUUGAUACAAAUGGAAGACCACAAAUGUGUUAUCCUCCAUUUACUAGUGCUGCAGCCGACAGGGAAGUUAUAGCGACCAACACAUGUGGUGAAAAAGGGAGACAGAAAUAUUGCAUACAUAUGUCAAACUCCGGAAUGGCAAGCAGGUGUCAAUAUUGUGACGCGCGGAACCCAGAUGAAAGUCACCCGGCGGAAUAUAUGACUGAUAAAAAUCCCAACAACUGGUGGCAAUCAGAAACUAUGGCUGACAACAAACUUCUCCAUUUUAAGGAUUCUGUAAAUUUGACUGUCGAUCUUGGUACACAAUUUCAUGUGAACUACGUCUACUUGCAGUUUAAAUCACCACGUCCACACGCAAUGGUUAUACACAAACGAUUUGAUGAUAAUUCGGAAUGGACACCAUGGGCAUACUUCUCGAGCAAUUGUUAUACAUACUUUGGUAUGACAUACAGUCAUAUCCCAGUAUUCAAUAAACCGGAUGAACUGAUUUGUUAUGAAGAAUAUUCAACAUUACAGCCAUUGUAUGAAGGCGAAGUUAUCUUUUCUGUUAUAAAUGGACGACCAAAUUAUGAUAAGUUUUUCACCGAUUUAGAACUACAGCGGUGGAGUACGGCAAGUCAAAUACGAAUUGAACUAAAGAAAAUGCAUACCUUUGGUGAUGAACGUGGAGCUGAAAGAGAUACUCUAUUGACCUACUAUUUCGCUAUACAAAAAUUAACUGUAGGAGGAAGGUGUCUUUGUCACGGACAUGGUAAUGAAUGCAGGAAAAGUUCUGGACCAGGACAAAAAGAUCGUUUAGUCUGCGUUUGUGAUCCAGCUCACCAUACAUCUGGUGAUAAUUGUGAACAAUGUAGUGCAGGCUAUCAAGAUCGACCAUGGCAGCCAGCUACACCACAAAAUGCGAAUCCAUGCGUUGCUUGUAACUGUAACGGGAAUGCAUAUUUAUGUGAAUUUGAUUAUGACUUAUACAGUCGUACUGGUUCAGGAAGUCGAUGUAUUAACUGUGGUAAUAAUACUGAAGGAAUAAAUUGUGAAAAAUGUAAACCAGGUCAUUAUCCUAAUCCUAAACAACCAACAUCAUGUUUACCAUGUUCAUGUGAUCCUGUGGGUACUCUUGAUGGUCAAAUGGAUUGUAAUGCACAAGGUCAAUGUGCAUGUAAACCUGGUGUCGGUGGUAAACGCUGUGAUCGUUGUCUAGAAGAUCAUUUCGGUUUCAGUGCAGGAGGAUGUCUGCCCUGCAAUUGCAAUGAAGGUGGAAGUUACGAAAAUCGUCGAAUGUGUGAUUCACAGACCGGACAAUGUGUUUGCAAACAAAACACUGCUGGUAAACAGUGUGACAAAUGUAAAAUUGGUCAUUACGGUCUUAUGUCAAAUGAUCCAUUAGGAUGUAAACCGUGUAUCUGUUCAUUACAUUCUUCAGAGUGUAAAUUAGACGAAUUACAAUUAGCCUUAUCAUUUGAGAGACUAGAUGAAAGUGUUAACCUUGAAAGUUUAGUGAAACCAGAUCAGGUGAUCAUUAAUUGUCCAAAAGAUAUGAAACCAUGUUAUGCAUGUUUACAAAAAGAUCGACAUUAUGUUCAAAUUGGAUGUAAUGGUACAGUGGAAGGUUUUCUACCGUGCUUAUGUGAAAAAGAUCCGAACCAGUGUCCAUACUGUCCAUCAGGUUGGCGUACACCACAAGCUGAUCCUCGCACUGAAAUAUGCACAUGUCCUCCACAAUAUUCUGGUAGAUCAUGUGAAUUUUGUGCAGAUGGACAUAGACGUGAUCCACCCGGUGGUCUACCUACUGAUCGUUGUAUAUUAUGUACAUGUAAUGAUCAUUCAACAACUUGUGAUCCUGAGACUGGUCAAUGUGACUGUCAGCAUAAUACUGGUGGCUUGUUCUGUGAUCGAUGUGCUGAUGGUUAUUAUGGUGAUUCAUUUGCUCCAGUCGGUUCACCUGAAGCCUGUAAACCGUGUCCUUGUCCUCCAGAGGCUAAAUGUGAACAAGUCUAUUGGCCUGAUCGUUCAAUCAAAGUUGUCUGUAAGGACUGUCCGAACAACAGAUCCGGUGUUCGUUGUGAACGUUGUGCUGAAAACUUCUACGGUGAUCCAAUGAAGGGUAUUCCAUGCAAACCAUGUGACUGUUCUAAUAAUGUGGACCCUAGAGAAUUUGGAAAUUGUGAUGAGAAAACUGGUGAAUGUCUCAAGUGUUUAUUCGGUACAACUGGUCGACAUUGUGAGAAGUGUUUACCAGGUUAUCGUCGUAACUUGAAACCAUUGAAUGAAAGUGAUGUAUUCGAUUUAAUCCCUGCACGUGGUUGUAGUCCGUGUCAAUGUAAUCCAAUCGGCACGGUAGCUAAUUAUGGUCCUGAAGGUGUUGGUGUCUGUGAUCCUGAAACUGGUCAAUGUCCGUGUAAACCUGGUGUCGGUGGAUUAAACUGUGAUAAAUGUUAUGAUGGAUUUUACGGAUUUCAUACAGGACAAGGGUGUAAACCAUGUGAUUGUAAUUCUGUUGGUUCAGUGAAAGAAUCUUGUGAUGAUCGUACUGGUCAGUGUGAAUGUCGACCAAAUGUAAUUGGACGUCAGUGUGAUAAAUGUCAACCGGCACAUUUCAAUAUGACUAGUGUAGAAGGUUGUCAGUCAUGUAACUGUCAUGCUUAUGGAGCUGAAAGCAGUCAGUGCGAUAAACAUGGUCAGUGUAUUUGUAAGCCAUUCGCUGUUGGACCGAAAUGUGAUCAAUGUCAGGAGAAUCAUUACAACCUACAGGCUGGUUGUCUACCAUGUCCAGCGUGUUACAAUUUAGUGCAGGCAAGAGUUGCUAAAUUAUGGGGAAUGCUAGAAUCCGUGUUUGGACCGAUUAAAUCAGGACCUUCAUCAACAUCGAAACCAACAACAACUGCAAUAGGAGCACCUCCAACAUCUUUAAAUGAUAAGGAAUUAUUUGAAGAGAUUAAAAGAUUAAAUGAAACAAUUGUUACAUUGUAUCGGGAAAUUUUGCGUUAUGACGCUGAUAAUUCAAUUGUGAAUGAUAAACAAUUUAAAAAGAUAUUAGAAAAUAUUGCCAGUCAAAUUGAUAUGAUUGAUAAUGAAUUAAAACAAUUAGCUGAUAAACCAUUGGCUUGCAUCAGAAAUGGAUUCGAUGAAAAUUUCGAAGAAUUACAAGUAACUGUUAAUCAAAUACUACCGAAACUAUUGACUGAUGAAGUGCAAAUCGUACUGGAGAAUUUACGUCAAACAACUGGACUGUAUGCUUCAGACCAAACUUUAACAAAACAUGCCAAUGAAAUUAAUGAAUUAGCUAAAAAAUUGAAUGAAAGAAGUGAACAAUUACAGAAACAAGUGAAUAGUAUCACUCAACUCCUGGGUAAUUCAACGAAUAAACUGACAGAAUCUAAGGGAUUAAUUAAAAGUUCCAAAGAAGCAUUACAAAAGAAUAUAAAGAAAUCUGAUGAAAUUGAACAGAACAGUUUACAACUAACUAAUCGUAUUGAAAAUGUUAAAGAUUUAAUGCAAAAGUUACGUGAUCAAAUUUAUUUAGCCAAUGCAAAUAUCGACCGUCUACCAGAUAUAAUGACUCAACUACGUCAAUUAGACAAUGUGGCUAGUACAUGGAUGGAGGCUUUACAAACGUCAAAGAAUCUGCAAGAUCGUUUAUCAACUAUUGAUAAUAAUUUAAACUCUCAGCUGGAUCGUCUACAUCAAGUCAAUCAACAGUUGAGUGAUACACUCAGUGGACAGCAUAAUCAAGCGAAACAAAUUGAAUCGAAAUUUCAACAGUUAAACAAUUUAGUUCAACGUGUUACAAAUGCUAUAAAUAAUAGUUGGACAGCUUUUGACAAUGCGAAAUCAAUGUUAUCGAAAUUUGAAAGAUUCGAUGAACAUGUUGACACUACAAAAGCAUUAAUAUCAGAUGCAUUAAAACAAGAAGAUGGAUUACACAAACGUUUAACUGAUUUAGCCUCAAAUAUCAAUGAUUUACAUGAUCAAGCUAAGAAAGAAUAUCUGGCUGCACAGUUUUUAAGUAAUCAAACACUAGAAAUUGAAAAUACGCUCAGUGGAAUUGAAAAAAGAAUUGCAGACGACAAAAGUCAACUGGAUAAAUUCUAUGAAAGAUUAAGUGAUUUGAAAACACGUCAUGAAUUGGAAAUUGUACCGGAAAUACAAAGAACAGCACAGACUGUUACAGGAAUCAAUGAAGAAGCUAUGCGUGUAAUUGAAUCAGCUGAUGAAUCUCAUCGUGGUGCAACAAAACUAGUUGAAGAUGUCAAUGAAUUAUUACGACGUAUGAAAAAGCUUAAAGAACAAAUAACUGAAACAACAGCUCCUGGUACAGGAAUAAUCAGUAGACCAACAAUAACAAGUGAAGAUGCAGCGACAAGAUUUAAUAAUUUAAAAAAUGAUUUCGUAAAACUUCAAUUGAAUGAACGUUUAACUUUGUUGAAACAGUUAAAUGAAUCACGUACAACAGAAAUGUUUUAUUUACGUAAACAAAUCAAUGAAUAUCGCCUGCAUUAUGAACAUCUACUGCGUGUUGAUUCUCUACUGCCAACUAUUGAAGCUGGCUGCUUCUAUACCGGUAAAGGUAUUGAAGGUGAUGAAUAUGAGCGUAGACCAACUUAAUUAUGAA